GAAGUAACAAAUAUAAAUGUAAUGUUUGUAAUCAAGAGUACUUUUGGCCCUCCGCCAGGCCGGUUACAAAAAUAGUUUGCCACAAACGUCGUAGUCGUCUAUACGUAAACCCUGUCAAAUUAUUAUAUCGAUAAUAUUUAUUUUGAAAUGGAACGAUCCCAUAAUUUACACUCGAGUUUCCACGGAUCCUUCAGGAGCAAGGAAUCGUCGUCGACAACAGGCAGCGAUCCCCGUGAAAAAAUAAAAGACUGUCUCCGGAAGUUUAUAGCAUUUAUGUUUACACAAGUGGGUGUUGGCGCGCUGGUGGUUUGCUAUGCGAUCUUAGGUGCUGCGAGCUUCAUGCAUAUAGAGAAAGACAGUCCAGACAUGCAGCUAGUGAGAGUCAUCAAAUGGCGUCAGAGCUGUGUCGAGCAACUGUGGGGCAUCACUAACAAGUAUAAUGUCUUGAACUACACAGCAUGGAUGGCCAGUAGCAAUAGUGUAUUGAAAGACUUUCAGAACAACAUCACAACGGCAGUUCAUCUAGGAUAUAACGGGAGAUCUUCAGAGGAUAUAUGGUCAUUCCCAGCUGCUCUUAUGUAUUCCUUGUCUGUUUUCACAAUGAUUGGCUAUGGUAAUGUUGUGCCGAAAACACUGUGGGGAAAGAUUGGUACUAUUGCAUAUGCCUGUUUUGGGAUACCAAUCUAUGUACUUUAUUUUUGCAAUAUGGGUAAAGUUUUAGCUCAAUCUUUUAAAUGGUUAUACAUAACUGCUUAUGAGUGCAGCCGGAGGGAAGACCCUUUGCUAGAAGAUGGAGAAUUGCAACCGGUCAAAAGAAAGAUCACUGUGCCAUCUACAGCCUGUUUGUGGGUGAUUUCAUUCUAUAUACUGACUGGGACAAUCAUGUUUGGUGCUUGGGAGAAAUGGAAUUAUCUGGAUUCUACAUAUUUCUGUGUGAUAAGUCUCUGCAAGAUUGGUUUCGGGGAUUUUGUGCCUGGAGCUAACAUUGCUGAUUCUGCCGAGGGAUCUCAUCUGAAGCUGGUUAUAAACUUUAUUUACGUCCUCCUCGGUAUGGGAUUGGUAGCAAUGUGCUACAAUCUGAUGUGUGAAGAUGUAAGGGUCAAAGUUAGGGAGCUGAGACAGGAUCUGAAGAAUUGUCUGGAUGAUAUAACUUUGAAAAUUACGGUUUGCAUGAACGACACCAAAUAUUACCAUCAGAAACAAACGAGGCAUAUUAAAUGAUACACAAAUAAUAGUUUAGAGUAGGUUUUCUGUGUACUUGUAUGUUACAAGUCUCUUUUAAAAUACAAUGGUCUGUAUUUUAAACAUUGCGCUUCAGUUUGGCAUUUUGUUUUUUAUCUCCGGCUGAGUUAUGGGAGCUACUGAUCAGUAUUUGUACAAUUUUUACUAAUAUUCAUGAUAAAGAAUAAAUUUAUUUUAAUGUUUUGCCUGUUAUUAAUAUAUGAAAUAACAAUUAGUGAAUACUUUUCAUAUUUAUUUUUUGACAAUAUUUUCAUGUACUAAAAGAUAUUCUAUUCGUAGAAGGUCUUAUUUAUAGUUUUAAGCGGAAAAUGCUAUUUUUAUACUUAUUAACAAUUAAUUUGUGACAUAUCGGAUGCUUUCAAUUAAUGUGAUUAAAGUUAUGUGCUUAUAUGUUA